CAUCCCGCCAUCUUUCCAGCCGGCUUCCAGGAGAAGAACACGUUGCUGGAAAAAAGAAGUUUCGCCCCCUGUUAUUUGUUUCUAAUCGUCGCGUCUGGUCUGUUUUCUUCUUAGCCGGGGAAAGGGAGCCGAAGAGGGCUCCUCAGGUGCUAGCGUCCGUCAUUCCAGCCCUCCAUUAUGGCGGAUAAAAACACCAGGAUCGCCAUCGUCAACCACGACAAAUGCAAACCUAAGAAAUGCCGUCAGGAGUGCAAGAAGAGCUGCCCGGUGGUCCGCAUGGGUAAGCUGUGUAUCGAGGUGACUCCACAGAGUAAGAUUGUCUGGAUCUCAGAGUCUCUGUGUAUAGGCUGCGGCAUCUGCAUCAAGAAAUGUCCGUUCGGCGCGCUGUCCAUCGUCAACCUGCCCAGCAACCUGGAGAAGGAAACCACACACAGAUACUGCGCCAAUUCCUUCAAACUGCACCGGCUGCCCAUCCCCAGGCCUGGUGAGGUGCUCGGACUGGUGGGGACCAACGGUAUUGGCAAGUCCACAGCUCUGAAGAUCCUGGCUGGGAAACAGAAACCCAACCUGGGCAAGUACGAUAAUCCUCCAGACUGGCAGGAGAUCUUGACCUACUUCAGAGGCUCUGAGCUGCAGAACUAUUUCACCAAAAUCCUGGAGGACGACUUGCGGGCCAUCGUCAAACCGCAGUACGUCGACCAGAUCCCAAAGACCGUGAAGGGGUCAGUAGGGGCCAUCCUGAGCAGGAAGGACGACACAGACACACAGGACCUCGUCUGCCAACAGCUCGAUCUGAGCCACCUGCGGGAGAGGAACGUGGAGGAUCUGUCCGGAGGAGAGCUGCAGAGGUUCGCCUGCGCCGUCGUCUGCAUCCAGAGGGCCGACAUUUUCAUGUUUGACGAGCCGUCCAGCUACCUGGAUGUGAAACAGAGGCUGAAGGCUGCCAUCACCAUCCGCUCACUCAUCACCCCGGACAGGUACAUCAUCGUGGUGGAGCACGACCUGAGCGUGUUGGACUACCUGUCGGACUUCAUCUGCUGCCUGUACGGAGUCCCCAGCGCCUACGGAGUCGUCACCAUGCCCUUCAGCGUCCGGGAGGGCAUCAACAUCUUCCUGGACGGUUACGUCCCCACGGAGAAUCUCAGGUUUCGCGAGACCUCGCUGGUCUUCAAAGUGGCUGAGACAGCCAAUGAGGAGGAGGUGAAGAGACUCAGACACUAUCAGUAUCCAGAGAUGAACAAGACGAUGGGCGAGUUCACGCUGGAGAUCAAAGGAGGAGAGUUUACCGACUCGGAGAUCAUGGUGAUGCUGGGAGAGAACGGCACAGGGAAGACGACCUUCAUCAGGAUGUUGGCUGGAGGUCUGAAGUCUGACGGGGGAGGCGAGGUUCCCCUCCUGAACGUCAGCUACAAGCCUCAGACCAUCAGCCCCAAGUUUAAGGGCAGCGUCAGAGCUCUGCUGCACGAGAAGAUCAGAGACGCCUACACACACCCACAAUUCAUCACGGACGUCAUGAAGCCGAUGCAGAUCGAGAGCAUCAUCGACCAGGAUGUGCAGAACCUGUCUGGUGGUGAGCUUCAGAGAGUCGCUCUCACUCUGUGUUUGGGGAAACCGGCCGACGUUUAUCUGAUCGACGAACCUUCGGCCUACCUGGACUCCGAGCAGAGACUGAUGGCCGCCAGGGUCAUCAAGAGGUACAUCCUCCACGCCAAGAAGACGGCGUUUGUGGUGGAGCACGACUUCAUCAUGGCGACCUACCUGGCCGACAGAGUGAUCGUGUUCGACGGCAUUCCCUCCAAGAAGACCUCGGCUAACACUCCUCAGAGUCUGCUGGCCGGGAUGAACAGGUUCCUGUCGCUGCUGGAGAUCACGUUCAGAAGAGACCCGAACAACUUCAGACCGCGCAUCAACAAGCUCAACUCCAUCAAGGACACGGAACAGAAGAAGAGCGGAAACUACUUCUUCCUGGACGACUGAGACGACUUCCUGCGUGACCAACCGUGUCUUCCUGUGACGCUCCGGCAGGGAGGGUGGGGCGUUCAGGAGCGUUAACAGUCCGAGUGCCGCCUUGACAUUUACAACAACCAGGCUGCGUGCAAACAAACAGCAGAUACGUUUAAGAAUCGUAACAAAGAAAACCCCAUCAGCCUUUUGUGUACCGGGCUGCAUUCAGUAGCCAGCAAUGUUGUGAAACGUUUAAAAUUAAAAAAAAAAAAAAAAAAGUGCAUUGCAUUCUGUAUCAGUCAGCCUGAACGUCACGGGGCUGCGUUCACAAGCCAGCGACAUUGUGGAACAUUAAGCAGCGUAUUUUAACUCUCAUGCAUUUACAACAACUGAUAAUAAACUGAUGCUACCUGA